GGCCGAACGUCUAGACAACAGCUACAUCAGCGAAUUUACUUGAGGAAAAACACACGUUGAGCUAUUCUUGAGUGAACCUGCGCCGCGUCAACAACGAUCGUACGGAUGUGGAUUAAGCGGGCUCCGCGUUUCAAGAAAUCGUUAAAACUUCCAUCCACAAGCACAAUAAAAAAGAAAGAAGAAAAUAUAAAAAUUCCACAAAUUGUUUGAGAAAGAAAUUCAAAAAAUAAAAAAAUUAAAAAUUCACCAAAACCAAUAACAGGCACAGCCGCUAACGUUAAACCAACAACAACAACAAUAUGAUGAAGAAAUAUCAAAAUUCCUUUACGCCAUUUGAUUUAUUUUGCAAUUUGAUCCCAGGUCCGAUACAAAAAUCUGUGUAAUACCCACAAUUGAUUGAAAUUAAAAUAUCAUUUAGAUAGAAGAAGAAAAAAACAAAACAAGAACAACGAGAAGAUACAACAAAAAUAAGUGUAAAAACAACAGUACGACUAAGAAGAAUAAGAAUAUCAUAAUUAAACUAGUAUCUGAAAUCUUAAACGAAUACAUUAGCCUACGACGACGAGAAUAAACAAUUGCAACAACACCGAACAGAGCUGAGAACAAGAACAACGAACGGGCAGUGAACACCGCGCAGUACAAUAGCGGAGAUUGAAGAAAAAAUAAAAGAAUUCCGAAGAAAAAAGAGUUUCUCGAAGAAACCUAGAAAUUCUACAGCGUCUAAACCUGAAAUACAACCUUUUUGCCAACCCAACCAACUAACAACGGCAGUGGCAGCAACAGCAAUAUUUACUUAACAAACAGCAGCGGCAAAAACAAAAACACCAACAACAACAAUAGCAAUUACAGAAUCAGCUAACAUCUACGACAACAACGACGACGACCACGACGACUACGACGAUAGAACACAUACAUAGAAUACCAAAACAGAAAGACGUUGAGAUACCAACAGUCUGUCUGCCUAAGAGUCUGUCUGUCGGUUGUUUCGUCGCUUGAUUUGUUUCUUUUGUUUGGAUUUUUUCCACUUCUGAACAUUCCGCCGCUUUGACGUUGCGUUACCCGCUUUAUUAUCACGUUAUUCAUACGAAGUCUUGUCACAUUUCUAAGCCAGCGAAUACAAAGACAGCGACUAAAACGCUCUAUUCUACGCCACACUCUUGUGCGGAUAUUUCUUGUAGUUGUUUUGCUGUUUGUAAUUCUUGUUCACAUUCUUCAUCUUUGCUGUCCAUGCGUGUUUGUGAAUGUGAGCUGGUAUUGGUGGCAUCGACAUUUCAUUGAAAACGUGUUCUCAAGGAAGUGAAUUAUUUCGCUAACCAUUUGUUUCCACCGAAUUAAAAGGGACGGACCCACAUUAUUCAUAUCCAACCACGGGAGACACUAAGCUCCGCCAUUAAAAUGGGUGACUCAACCCCAAUUUGCCGGUGCCGUGUACUCUAUUUGGGUAGCGCAGUGCCGCGCCAAAGCAAGGAUGGUCUGCAGGGUAUUCAGGAACCAUUACGCAGUCUUUACCCCUCGGAGGGUGCAGUCGGGGCCAAAGGCAUUGACUCGUGGCUCAGCGUAUGGUCGAAUGGAAUUCUAUUGGAAAAUGUCGAUGAAAAUCUCAAGGAAAUCACCCGUUUCUUUCCCAUAGAGUCGUUGCAUUACUGCGCCGCAGUUCGGCAGGUCCUCAUACCCGAACGUGGCAACUCAAACCCUGAACCGAAAUUUCUUCCGCUCGACUCACCAUUUGCACGCAUGCCGCGUGCCCAACAUCCACCGAUUUUCGCAGCAAUUCUGCGUCGCACCACCGGCAUCAAAGUCCUGGAAUGUCAUGUGUUCAUUUGCAAGCGCGAGGCAGCUGCAAAUGCUCUAGUCAGAUGCUGUUUCCAUGCCUAUGCCGACAAUUCGUAUGCUCGCCAACUGGAGACGGGCAGUACAGGCGGCGGUGCAGGCAGCAGUGUUUAUGGGACACUCAAAAGCAAUAUGAUGGCCAGCAAAUCGAAUGGCGACUUGACCAGUGUGGGCCUCUCGAAUGGCAAUCAUCAUCACCAUCAUCAUGUACCGUCAUCGUCAGCCAGCCACGCUGGAUGGAGAUCCCGGGCGGGAAGCAUCACCACCCUGAACAGUGUUGGACGGCAAUCGAAUGGUCACCUAAUGAAUGGCGGCGAUACCACGAGCAGUGCCGCCGAGGGCUAUACAUCUGUCAAGAAUUUUUACGGUAGCAGUGCGGAUUUAAAUGUCGCCAUCGAUGAUGGAGAUGCAUCGCUCUACAACGGCGAUGCAAAUCACAAAGUCUGGAGCGGUUCACAGGAUCAAUUGGACAGCAUUGUUAUGGAAAGCCCCUACGACAUGUACUCAGGCAAUACAUCAACAUUGGGUCGACCGGCACGCAUGCGACAAAUGAGUCAUCCAAUUGAAGUUCCCCCACCACCCAUGAAAGAGGAGAGUAGCAAAAAGAAGAAGGAUAAAAAAUCAUCCAAGUCAUCGAGCAGUCAAAGUUUGUCCGGCACCUUGAUACGGCCAAAGCCAAUCCACCCGGCAACAAUGCAAAGACCUGGUAUGCCAAUUCCGGGCCCCGGUGGAAACAUGAUAUACGGUCCAAUGCCGGGACCACCGCCCCAGAUGAUGGGUCGGAACUAUCACACAAUUAGUCAUCGAGGUUUUCCACCGGGUCCACCACCCCACCAUCCCGGUAUGCCGCCACCAAUGAUGCAGCAUCCGCCUCCACACAUGGGUAUGCCAAUGCAACUGCCCGUCAUGAUGCCGCAACAGUACGCCACACUUCAGCCCACGACUAGCACAAAGAAGAAAAAGAAGGAUAAGAAAAACACAGGUAUCCCUGUCGGAAUGCCAAUUGUGCCACCCAUGUAUGCCUAUCAUCACGCUCAGGCCAUGGGGGGACCUGUACCUCCACCACCGCCACAAAGUGUUCUGGCGCAAUCUGUAAUCGGCGAACCAAGACCAUUGUCGGUGUCAAGUCGAAAACUAGCCGCAUCCAUGGGUAAUGGUCUUGACGAUUCAGGAAACUCUGGAGCCGAAUCACCGGGUGGUACUGGCAUCUAUCGACGCAAGGGCCACUUAAACGAGCGAGCCUUUAGCUAUUCCAUACGCCAAGAACAUCGCAGCCGCAGUCACGGCUCAUUAGCUAGUCUUCAAUUCAAUCCGCCAGAUAUGAAGAAAGAACGAGAAAUUGCUCAAAUGGUGGCCGGCUUGGAUUUAAAUGAUGGUCCCAGUCACGACGAUCCCCGCGCCAUGGGACCCUCCACCCUGCAACGUAAACAGACGGCAAUGAUGAACGGCAACGGAGCCAUUUACGGCAAUGGAGGUGGUGCUGCCAUCUAUGGCAAUGGGCCAUCCAGCAGCUUUGGCAAACCUAGAAGAUAGAAGUCCACGAGCAAGGUCCCCCGAAGUCGUUCGUAAAUGGUUUAAUAAACUUACUGGGAAGGGAGAUCAAAUCGCGUCCUAAAUUCGUAUAGAAGUCAAAAUUGCUGACGUCAAUCAGAAUAGCAAGAUUCCUUCCAAUCCAAUCCAAUUCAAAUCUAUUGUUGAUAUUCGAAAUAACGACGCGACGUCUCCCAGUCAAUGCGCGAGCAUGCCUAAGACAACUCCCUAACCCACAUAACCGCCUAAGUUUUUAUUUUCCAUUCUUAUUGUUAUCUAGGUUUAUCUCGAAGAUAGUCGUAACAUUUGUUAGGAUUUUCACAAUUUAGUUUACUUACUUACAAAUACUACUGCAUACAUACUUAUAUCCGUUGUAUAGGUUUUUGUUUUAUGUCCAAUGUUCGAUCGCAACGAAGCUAGUUAGACCACAGAUUGACCCAUUUAUGAAGCGCGAAAACAAUUGUUUUGCGAUGCUGGUCAACAGGGCGAUCUAUGUCAAUUGUUGUACACAGCGGUAGUCUCUUAUCCAAAACAUUUUUCAAAGGAUUGAUACAUCCCCUAUGUCAAUAUACAUCAAGCCUGUCAUUAAUUGAACAAAAUAUGUAAAGAAAAUUCUAGAGAACAUAAUCGCAUGUGCCUUAUUAGGAUAUUAAAACGAGAUUAAAUUGUAAAUGCUGUAACCAUCCGGUGGCAGAAUAUUUGGUCCAUCCACCUGUCGGAGAUGAACAUUUGGCGUUGUGAAAUUUAAUUUGAGUCCAUUGAUAUUAUGUAUAUAGCACACAUACAUACGUAUCAUACAUGUGUGUUUGUUUAUCAGUGCGAAGGAGUAGGCGAAGAAUCUAGAUCUAGUUAUAGCAUUACCAAUUUGUAGAAAUAAAUACUUACAGUAGAGUCUCCAACUGUAAACAACGGAUCCGCUCCGGAAUGUUGAAUUUUUGUCCAUAUUAGAUACAUUUAGCUUUAAUUGUUUCUACGUAUGUAUACAUGAUGAGUACGCAAGUACAUACAUAGAUGUUCGUGUAAACUAUAAACUAUUACAUUGAAAACAAAAAAACGAUUCAAACACCCUUAUUAAUUGUACUAUUUAUAUAAAUGCGUAUUUACUGAAGAAGAAAAAAAAACACAUAUACUUUAUUUUUAUAUUAUACAAAACUAUGUAAUUUGUAACAAAUAAAAUAGUCUUAAUAUGUAUGUAUUCAAAACACA